UCUUCUUUCCUUCCCUCCCUCUAACCCUCUCCACGCUAUAAAUGCCAAUCAUAGCAUCAUAACAAGAACCACAUUGGAGCUCCCACUUAACUUCUGCACCUUCUUACCUCUUUCCGUUCACUCACUUACAACCUCCAAGGCUUCUCCUACGUUGUCUCCAUCUCCAUAGCAUGGGUGGCCUUCCCCCUGGUUUCCAGUUCGUCCCCUCCGAUGAAGAGCUUGUCGUCCAUUUUCUAUAUCCCAAGGCGUCACUCUUACCAUGCCACCCUGACAUCAUCCCCAGCCUCAACCUUCGCCAUGUCGAUCCAUGGGACCUUGAUGGUAAAGCACUGCAAGGUGGCAACCAGUGGUAUUUCUUCAGCCAGAGGAUCCAAAACAGAGUGUCGCCGAAUGGCUAUUGGACGCCGAUCGGAGUCGACGAGCCCGUAGCAAGCAGCGACAAGGUCGUUGGCAUGAAGAAGACGCUAGUCUUCUACGUUGGUGAAGCUCCCUGCGGGGUAAAAACUAAUUGGAUGAUGAUUGAAUACCAUCUCUUGGACGGUUCUACCAAUUGCAGCAGCAGCGGUAGCCGCACGCAUAGUAAUAGAAGGUCCUCCAAGAAGAGAGCACACCAAAGAGUAGUUUCUGACAACUGGAUCAUUUGUCGAGUCUAUGAAGCAAGCUGUGAUUCAGUUGCAAGCUCUUUAAGCGAUGACACAGAGCUCUCAUGCUUGGAUGAGGUGUUCUUGUCCUUGGAUGAUCUUGACGAGAUAAGCUUGCCCAACUUAUAAGUUCUGGAGGUUGUCAUUAAACUCAGGGUUUAACCAUGUAGCUCUAAUGAUGUGUUGCUUUUGGUAGCAUUAAUUAGUAUGGGCUGAAGAACUCAAGCCCAUCAUGUGUGUAACUAUCCGUUCUUUUGUUAGAAAUGUGAUUGAAGCGUGGUAUAUAGGGAGUGUGAUAUAGGUUUUUUUUGGAGAAGGAAAGCUUCCAACAAUGUAAUUUGAUCCCUCUAAAGAGGACUAUGUAAUCUUUCAUGUCGUUCAAUAUAACAUCGUUUGAAGUUCA